GUAGAGUUGACAGAACUUGCAUGUUUACAUUAAGGAGAUACUUAUAUUUCAGAGCUAAUGGAAUGUCAUAAAACGAUAUGUACAUGUAUAUGUCUUAAAAUAUGUGAAGUCGGAACACUUAAUGCAAUGUGAAACUGGUAGUAUAAUUAUAGAAUAGCUGUUUCCAAAACACUUCCGUAUCACUACGUAUAAAAUAGAUUCAUCGAGUUUCUUAUUAUUCAUAAGUGCAGGUCUUUACUACGUGGGAUUCUAACCCGUGAAUUAGAUGAUGUGAUAGACUUUUUAUUAGAGAAGAAUGCUGCUACAGGUCUUACAAAUAUUGGUGUGGUUUGCGCAUAUCGAGGAUGUAGAUAUGGGAUGUAGACCACACACAUACCCACACUGUCCCGAUUGGGGCAGCUGUUCAAGCUCAUGUGGAGGAGGGAAGCGGGGGCGGACUUGUAAAUCGUGUGUUUGGAGAGAAAGAAAAUAUUUUGAAGAGGACUGUAACCAGCAUUGCUACAACGGCGGAUGGUACGGUUCUGGGGGAUGUAAUUGUCCUUCGUGGAGAUCUGGAAGUUGUUGUCAAAGUUGUAGACACAUUUAUAUAGCUAACUGUAAAUCUGGAAAGAAGGCUUGUGGAGGAUCUCCUGACAAUAUUAAAUGUACGGAAUGCGAAGAUAAUUACUACAGUGGUGGAUAUGGAAAUGGCUGUAAAGAGUGUUCCCAUAUUUAUCAGUGUAGAAGGAGAAGAUGUACUUCAUAUUCGAACACGAGGUGCAUUGAGUGCUACAAUAAUAGGAUAUUCUACAAGACUACCAACGGAGGCCGCCAGUGUGAACGUAUGUGCGCUUCGAACAAACACUAUUGUUGGCCGGGGAAAUGCAGUAACGAACUGACGAGAGGCUGCUCUUGUGCGCCACAUUUCAAAAGAAUACAACAAAGUGGGGAAACUUCCUGCCAACCAAAUAAGCUUCCAUCUAUUCUGAAAUGUGGAACGGUUGUGGUUGGUCCUAAUAUGGAGAAGAAGCAGGCUAGAAGCAGCACAAAUUCCACAGAGUGUCAAUAUCUUACUGAUAUGUAUGGUAACUUUCAGCCGUCGUAUUUCAAAUUUGAUCUUGGUGCGGAAUAUACCAUCGAUAUUAGAAGCUAUACAAAACCACCUUUUAUACACGAAUCCCAUUUUGGUAUAACAGACUUUGCUACAAGUGUCGUCAAAUUAUCGGUUGAUGGGAAACGUUCCACUGAAAGUCUCACCAAACGUUUAGUGGACAGAUCAUCCAGCGUUAAUUGUAAGCAGACAUUUUUCGACUCGAACAAUGUAUCAGUUACUUCAUCUGAACUUCAAGACGGCCAAGCAUUAUGUCUGCAAUUUCUCGUAGAUGCAGGUGGAUAUUUGAAGAGCAAGGAUAGGGUGGCCACAUAUCGAAUUUCGUCCGCAGUACCUUAUCGAAAAGUUCAUAAAAUGCGUGAGCUUUGCUAUAGGUUUGACAAUACUUCUCCUAAACAUUGCCGAGAAAAGGGAAACUGCAGUUACGAACCAAUUCAAUUUGAAAGCCGUGUGAUACGAUCUACAGAUAUCGAUGUUGAAUUUAAGGGUUGGUAUGAUCCGGUUCCAACUGGUGGCAACUCGAUCCAUGCAUCUUCUAUUGAAAGUUAUCAGAUUACAGUAAACGAGGUUACUAUGUCAACAUACAAUAUACAGGUUAAUUACAUGACAAAUGUAUAUACAAAGAAGGUUAAUUUCAAAGAGAAGAAAAUAUCGCUUAAUGUGACUUCUGAAAAGCCCAUAUUAUACUGCGUGACUUUAGAAGUAAAAGACGUGGCUGAUAAUGUCAGACAAGCAAGACGAUUCAUCUUGUAUGACAAUUCGUCUUUUAUUGAAACAUGGGAUGACCAACCUUUUUAUUUUGCAUCGGCUUCGAUACAAACCAACUAUAAAUGGCAGACUCAUCAUCAUGACAUAUGUCUUAGUUGGAAAGAUCAUUUUCUCAACCGAUUUUACUUCGACAAUCCUUUGCUUAACCCCAUUGCGUCGGAACCUCAUGGACUAGUUACUGGAAUUUAUGAACAAAACGAUGGUGUGCUUCCAGUUUCUGGUACUCCAAACGUUCAUGGCAUUGUACAAACCUUGAUAUCCUGGACAUUAAAUGAUGGGUCUCCUUCUGCAGAGAUCGCAGUGCCAAAUUUCCUAAACCAGUCUUUUUGCAAUGACUUCAACGUGCAAGACGGUCAAACUUACACAAUGUCUAUCCAUUCUAUUGACAUUGCUAACAACAGUUUUAUUGAAAACAGAACAGUUCAUAUUGACCGAUCCGUACCGCAUAUAAACAAUAUUUGGCUCGUCAAGGAUGGUUACAAAGUCCUGUUUGUUCACCAUAUGACGGAUUUAUCAAAAAUGCAGUUGCACUUUGAAGCCCUAGACCCACACAGCGGUGUACGACAAAUAGAGUGGGUAUUUGGUAAUACUAUCACAGAACUGACUUCAGGUUCUCUGAUUGUAGGAUCUUUUAACGAAACAUCCUGUCCACAGAAUGCUGAAAAUUGUUACUGUCCAGAUGUCGGACAGUGUGAGUUUUAUAACUACACUGUACCACUAAACAAGCUGAUUGCCAUCAAUAAACACGUAGGCAGUCACAACAGAAAUUACUAUUUCACUUUAAAGAUUACUAACAAUGCACAUUUGUUUAACAUAGAACGCGUAAAUAUUUUGGUUGAUGACUCCCCACCGGAAGUUGGCGUUAUCUUCGAAGGACCAGUGGAUGCUAAGGACAUAGAUUAUACAAGCGACGAUAACUUUUUAGUCCAUUGGCACGGUUUUAUCGAUCAUGAAAGUGGAAUAAAGGAAUACAAAAUAGGUCUUUCAUCACGUUGCUUGAGCCGCAAAGAACUUUACGGUUUUAAAAAUGUCCCUGAUACAAUAUUUGUUACAAGUGUGCCAUACACUGAGACGUCUGUCCGUAUACCUGCAAACUUUACGGGUAAACGGUACGUAUCCCUUAUUGCCUUAAACAAUGCAAUGGACCCAUCGGCAGCAGUAUGUUCUGAUGGGAUAGCUCGAGAUCUUUCGCCACCUUCUAUACGAAAUCUUACAUUGGAGCAUGCGACAUGGUCAGAAACAUUAGUGUGCCAUGAAGGACAAACAUGGCUAUUCCAUUUAACGUUAUCAAAAAUCAAACUUCAUAAUGAACCAAACUGUAAUGACCUAUGUAAAAACAAUCAACAACAGAAUUAUCUCGCGUCAGCCCUUCCAACACGUAAAAUUAAAGAAAACAACUCAGAUGUAUCGCAUGUCAUGUGUGGAUCAAAGAGCUGGUACCAAAACAAUUCAAUAAUAUACCUACCAAACACCCACAUAAAACUAGAAUGGGACAUUGAAGAGGACGAAAGCCAAAUUGAUGACAUUUUUGUAGGAAUUGGAACUGACCCUACUGAAUUGAAUUCACCGAGUAUUGGUGCAUACAAAUCAACUUUAAAACGGAAUUCGUUCAAAUAUAUCCAUGAAGGAAUCGGAUCGGAUGAAUUUUUCUAUAUCUUUUUGAAAGUUGUCAACAAAGCUAGUCAAGAAAGUGUUUUAACUUUAGGGCCUAUUUUGAUAGAUGAAACGCCUCCAAUUUGUAGAGAAAUUCCAAAUGUUAUCUUUGAAGAAGAAUACAUUGUUGUUGGCUGGGAAAAUUAUACAUUCUAUGACAUCGAGCAGGACGAGGAAAUCAAUUGGUAUGCCAGCACCAAAGUCACAUCGUUGUUAAAGUGGGAUCGUGAAAUGUCUGCGCCGUGUUCCGAAUAUAGUGGUGGUUGUUUCAAGUAUCCUAUCAAAAUGCUACAAAAGCAAGAUAAUGAUCUCGGUUUAUCCUUCUAUAUAACUAUGCACGUAUACAACAAAGCUGGACAUUUCAUUACUGUAUCAACAGAUACAUUUAAGAUACCUUCAACCUACCCACCAGGUCACGGGAUUGUUUUUGACAGCGACCCGGAAAAUGAGGCCCAUGUGUUUGAUACUAAUGCUCAUUUUACGGCACAUACUUUGUGUUUAAGAUGGUACGGUUUUAAGCAUCAUGAGUCAAUCAAAAUUGAAGUCGGUAUUGGGUCUAAUAACGUGACAGAUAAUGUUGUUCCUUACAGAACUGUAAAUCGCUCGAUAAGUUAUCACUGUAUUAAAUCUCCCAAAAUUGAGUUUCAUCAAACGUACUAUGCACUUGUUAAAGCAUCUUGUACUGGAGGGUUUACUGUGUCAUCAUCGAAUGGAAUUGUGAUUUUGAAUGAAAGUAAGCUAUUGAACUCGCUUCAUGUAAAUCUCGGAGAGGAAUGCUCAUCUGUCAAUCAAAUUUAUUCCAAACGUAUCGAUUUACCUAUAGCUAAUUAUUCAGUGACAUUUCCAGCUCAUGUAGGCAAACGAUAUAAACUCUUUGUUUACAACAGUACAAUUGAUUCAGUUGUCACUAAUGACGCCCGUCUUUUAAAAGACACUUAUACAUCUUCUGCUAGUCUAAAAGUAGAUUUGAAGUGGGAUGCUUUUCAUAGUGACAACUUGAUACGGUUUUACCAGUGGGCAGUUUCUAAUGACAAUACAGGGAAAAGUAUUCUGACAGAAUGGCAAACAAUAAAAGACACACAUAGAGAACUCUAUCAGGUACAUACAUCGAUUGAUCUACCUGUGCAUCACCAUUCAACGAAGUUCGGUUGUAUUCGUGCCUUCGACAAAGCAGAGAAUGAAGCAUCCCUCUGUCAACAGAUUGAAUACAUAACAAAUGGAACUUAUAUGACGUCUACUGUUUAUGAUUUUGACUCAAACGCCAUAGCCUGGAAGAAAAUUAAAAACAUACUUCAUAGUUCAAACAUUGGAAGCCUAUAUACACUUCUUCACGACAAUGAACUGGACUUUGGAACACCAGACACGGAAGUUGUUGGUGCAAUUUUGUAUGCUUCCGAGCGGAAUAUCACGUGGCUUUUGAUGGAAGACCCAUCGUCGUGUGACUUUAGUAAAGGAUGUGUUGUUGAAAAAGUAACAAACACUGGCUUUGUAUCAUUUGAGAAGACAGUUGUAAAGUUUAAUACAUUUUACUACAUAUGUGCUUACUCUGUUACGACAUCUGUAAUUAGAGAGUUGAAUACAGAAGUGUUAGACGAAAUAAAUACGUGUAGCAAUGGCUUCGUUCUUGAUAGUAUUGCCCCAGUUGCUGGAAAAGUGAAAGUUCAAAACGAAAAUGGGUUCCUUGCCAGUCUUGAUGACAUUGAAUUCUCCUGGAAUAAAUUUGAAGAUAACAUAGAUGCGACACAAUUUGGAUAUCUUAGCAAUAUAGCAACAUACACCUAUGGAGUAGGAAGUCGCCCUCUCAAAGACGAUAUUAUACGGUUCACGAAUGUGGGUUACAAUACAAGAUAUGUUAUCAACAAUCUGGAUUUGCAUGAUGGUGCAUCUGUUUUUGUAACCAUUAAAGCAACUGACCAUGCCGGAAAUACAGCGUCAGCUUCUUCCAAUGAAGUUAUUAUCGACACAUCCCCUCCUUUGAAUGGCGAGCUGCAAAUUUCAACAAGUGAACAGUUGCAAGACACUUACCUUUAUCUAACGGAUAAAAUGAUAUCGGUUCAUUUAUCUGGUUUUAAAGAUAUAGAAAGCGGCCUCGAUCAUUUUGAAAUUGGAAUAGGAACUCAGCCUUUCUUUACGGAUAUCUUAUCAACAACUGUUUUGCGCGAAGAAAAUUGUGUCAUAAAAAUGCAAGACUACGGCAUAACAGACGGCCACACUUACUAUAUAGCAGCAAAGGCUAUCAAUCGAGCUGGAUUAUCAUCUGAGUUUACAUAUUUGCGAACUAUAGCCGACACAACACCUCCAAAUGGUGGCCAUGUUUUAGAAGGCCCAAUCGGAAGUCAGAAAGAAGAAGAUUAUCAAUAUGAUAUAACGGAAAUAAACGUGCAUUGGAAUGGUUUUAGCGAUCCACAUAGUGGAAUAGCCUUUUAUAGAGUAGCUCUUGGGACAAAGCCAUUUUCGGAAAACAUUAAGCCGUUUGUGAAUGUCGGACUUCUGGAAUAUACUACGUGGCAUGGAGAAUUUUCUAUUGGUGAAAAAUAUUUUACCACAGUAGAGGCAUGUAACGACGCAGGUCUCUGUAUUGCCCGAGCAUCUGAUGGUAUUACUCUUGACAUUUCACCACCAACACCAGGUUCUGUACAGAUUGGUUCAGACGUGCUUCACCAGAAAUAUCAGUCACAUACGUCAUCAGUACACGUUACAUGGGCGGGAUUUGAAGACCCAGAAUCUAGCAUUGGUCACUAUGAAAUGUGCAUUGGAACGAGUCCAGAAAAUUGUGAUAUUUCAGAACGCACCAAUUUUUUAUUGCGGUCUAAUAUUUUCAAAACAGGGCUUAGUCUUCCAAUUCACACUCCUCUAUUCGCAACUGUAACUGCCUUUAAUAAGCUUUCGUUAAAUGUAACAAAAUCAUCCGAUAGCUUCUUUGUCGAUGAAACACACCCUCUUGUUUUGAAAAGACCUUUUUUUAUUGUCAAGAAAAAUAAUAAACCCUGGAAAAUAGGUGAAUGGGAUAGAUCUGUUUUGCAUAUACAGUGGGAAUUUAUUGAUGAAGAAAGCCCGAUUGUUCGUCAUUUUGUUUCUCUUGCCACGCACCAUGAGGGUCACACUCCCGUAGAAAAUAUACAACGUGGAGCCGAAAACAACAUUAAAAUAAGUUUGGAUGGUAGAUCAUGGCUUCAUAAUGGUGAUACGUAUUUUGUGACCGUAACAGGCUGUAACCUGGCUGGUCUUUGUAUUUCCGAAAGUACCAAUGACCUGAUUGUAGAUUCGACACCCCCGCAUCUAGGUGGUUUCAAACUACCAAUGUAUUGGGAAAAUUUUAAUGGCUCCGUGACUGCAACGAAGUCAAAUAUAACACUUUCAUGGUACGGUUUUCAUGAUCAGGAAUCUGGAAUUGAAAGAUAUUUUAUCACAAUAAGUAAAACAUACAGCGGAAACGAGAUAACAAAUGGUGUGACAACCGUCAAUGUUAAUGUGUCAGAUAGAAAAACUGAGCAUUCAUAUACAUUUCUUGCAACUGACCAUUUAGAAAGAGAUGAUAAGUUGUAUUUAACAAUAUGGGCAGAAAACUCUGUAGGGCUUAAAAGUUCAUUGGCACGGGCUUCAGUAUUUGUAUUAUUAAGUUCUUCGACAGCUGAUGUUUCAAACCAAAGGGGUACCCUCGAACUUGAAAAACACUCAUGUGAUAUACAUUACUGUAAUAAGGAUUGCACGUGUGCAAUUAUUGGCAAACCAUGUGAAGAGGUACAAUUAAACUCGACUUGCGAAGAAAUAGGUAAUCCGUUGUGGAGGAUGUUCCUGAAAUUCGUGUUUAACGGACUAGAUGAGAAAUCCCCUAAUAUCACAACUUCAUCUGCUUGUCUCUCCGGAAGUUGGAAAGUAAUUGAUGGCAAAAGAAACACCUCCAGCAUAUUACGAUUUGAAUGGAGUAUAGGUUUACAGAACCAGCCUUUUGGGGAAGGGAUAUUUGAUUUGAAGAACGAAAUUCCAUGGAAUGACGUAGGAUUGCAGUCACAAGUUGUGCACUGCCUACCUGUAAAUAGAUCUCUGAUAGCACGCGAAAAAUAUGUAAUUUAUGUAAGAGCUUGGCUUUCCAGUGACAAUUAUGCCACGUUUCAUUCGGCUCCAAUACUUAUUGAUCAUUCACCUCCAUCUUUGGUACGAGGCCGUACAGUUCUUGAUUCUAAUGAGUUAUGCAAUGUGGAUUUUGAUAUAAUAGAUUGGAUGGAUACAAUAACAGUAUGUUGGCAUGGCGUCUUCUCAGAACAGCAGGGAACUGUUGUAAAUUAUUACCUAGCAAUGGGGACGUAUCCCUCUGGUGACGAUACGAUUCAACGACAAGAUGUGGGCUUAAACUCAAGUUUCACAUUCAGCAAUCUGUCAUUGACACAUGGAACGAAGUAUUUCUUCACAAUCACAGCAUAUAAUAACGUAGAUUUGCAUUCACUUGCUGUAUCUGAUGGUUUCAUUGUCGAUAUGGACGAGCCGAUCAGUGGUGUUGUUUACAACACUCCUAGGCAUAGAAACGCACCAUACCAGUCCUCAACUACAACCAUUGGCUUAUCUUGGCAUGGAUUUCAAGACAAGGUUUCUGGAGUACGAACAUAUUAUGCAGCAAUUAGCGAUAGGCCAACUAAUACAACAUAUAUAAACUUUACAAGCACGGGACUUAGUACGAGACACGUUUUCAGAAAUUUAGAGCUAAAACAUGGGCACACGUAUUAUGGUUUCGUAAAAUCUUUAGAUAAUGUCGGACAUCAAAGUAUAGUUGCUGUAUCAAAUGGAAUAAAGAUUGAUAAUACUCCUCCAACAGCAUACAUAUGUCAGACAUAUGCUGAUAUCAAACAUGUAUCAGAAGUGUUAGACGCCAUUGAUAAUAAAGUGAACUUUACUUUCAAUGCUUCCUUGAGCACAUUAUAUAAAGCAGUUGGCUUUCUAUCGUUAGAUAAAAGCGACGAAGCAAAACUUGUGUUUCAUUUAGAUCAGUUUCACACGUUUCUUCCACUUAUGAAAUAUCAUAAUCAAACACUACUCUUCGAGCAUACAUUCUUGUCUGAUAAAACUGCUUCACAAACCAUUUUGGUCGAAUACCUUAAUUCAAAUAAAGAAUAUCUUGCUUUGAACAUGACAUUAUAUGAAUGCAUCAAGGCUUUUGAAAGCAUUAAGGAAGCAAUUAAACUCACACAGAUUUCUAGGUCACUGGCUGCAGUAGAGUUGCUUGUAACAGAUAACGAAAGCCCUAUAAGUGAGAUUCAAAUAGGAGCAGGAACCACACCCGGAGGAUUUCAGGUUAAAUCUCUUUCGCGAGUGCAUCAUCAUAAUCCUAAGCAUCUAAUACAAACCAACGUUCAACACAGAACCAAUGUUUAUGUCACAGCCAUUGUUGAGAAUAAGGCAGGACUAAGGACAGUAUUCAAGUCAAAGCCUCUUACCAUUGACCACACAAAACCUGUUGUUAAACAUCUGUCUGGGAACCUGCGAUAUGUAGAAGAAAAUGUAUCGGGUAUUGUUGAAACUAAAACAAUUGUACAUGCGUCAUGGGAUGUAGUUGAUGACGAAAGUGGAAUUAGCAUCUGCUAUUGCUCAAUAGGUCAUAGGCCAGGUUUACACAAUAUUUAUUCAAACUGGAUUGCACAAACAGAAACAUCAUGUGAAUCAGAUGGACAUAUUUUUUCACAUGGUCAAAAAGUAUUCCUAAAUUUGAAGUGUUUUAAUAACGCUUGGCUAUCGACUGAAGAUGUGUUUGGGCCACUGGUUGUUUCACUACAGCCAUCCGACACAUUAAAUGCAAAAUUAGCGUUUAUACCACUAAGUGAGAAAGAUAAUAGACAUUUUACUGGUCCAGUGUUAAAUUUGCCGGUGCAAUCAAAUCACUCGUGCCUUCAGUUUAAAUGGAAUGGAUUUACAGACCUGUCUGGUAUUGUGCAUUAUGAAUACCGAGUAUACCAAGAUGAACAUGCUGUCCUUAAGGAAUGGGAGAAAACUGUUAAAGACAUGGUUAAAAUAGAAAAUAUUGAUUUGAUAAAUGGGGAAGUUAUUGCAGAAGUCAGAGCUAUUAACAAGGGGUCAUAUAUCAGCGACUCUGUAAAUGCUUCACUUUUUGUUGCCAAGUUUCCUCCAAAAUUAUCAGGAAUUUCAGCUAAAUUAUCGAGAAAUGGAGCUGAGAAACUACAUUUAAGUUGGGCUGACGUAUUUAAUAUUGAACCUAGUAUUCAGUUUUCAUUUGGUCUUACAAUAGGUACGAGAAAAGGAUAUACAGAUGUCCUCGACAUACAUUAUAUCAGUGAUGAUAACAUUGAUGUGCCAAUACCUAGAUCUACGAUCAUUACACCUAUAGUAAAGGAAGUCUUCAUAUCGAUCGACUGUAUCUAUGAGACUGGACUACGAGCUACAUAUGCUACUAUUUACAAGCUUGCUUGACAUUUAAAGGCACAUUAUGCUUUAGAACCGAUUUCGUUUUCUUAUUUUGGAAUAGCAACGCAUUUUUGAAUAAUGUUUUAGAGCAAAUAAGACGCUUAUCACGUCAAGCGAGUAGCACUGAAUGUGUAAAUAUUUGUCAUAAAAGUAGUGAAAUGAAAAGAAGAUAGUAUUUUGACUUCCAUAUGAUAUACUACAUCUCUAUAGUGUACUAAUUGCCAGAAGGAAACACCGGAAGUAAGCCAUGAUUCAGGUAAUUGUCCAAUAAGUAAAAAUAGAAAAGAGUAACAGAACACAAACUUCUAGAAAUAAAAAUAAAAAAUACAAAGGACAUCGACAUACAGAACAAUUCACGUUCUUUACAGUAUUCCCCCCUUUUGUAAAAUAGUUCUAUAGUCGUGUUUUGUGAUACUUUGAUAAAGGCUUUAGUUAUUAUUAUUAUUAUUAUUAUUACUAAUUUCAUUUUCUAUAUAAGUGUAAUUAUUUCAUAUUAGAAAUUAGUGUACUAAUACAUGUUCUUACUGUACAGUAUGCUUUACUUUUACUAUUCACAGGAAAACAUUUACAUAAAACUUUGACUUCCUUUUCAUUCCUGUAUUAUAUCAUAUUGUUGUACAUAUUGGAACUAUAUGAAAUAAAUUCUGUAUAAACCAAAAGAUUGACAAUUAUAAUUGCUAUUGUACAAUUAUUUAUUACUACAUUAUUAUAGGAUAAAAACUUCCUUAAAUUGUAAAUUAAACAUAAUCGAUAAUUUUCGAAGAUACUUAUAAUGAGGGUCACGAAGAUUAUUGACUACUCGGGUGACGUAUGUAAUGAAACUGAAACCAGUCAUGACAACAUGUUAAGUAAUUUCUAUUUUACCUUAACUCUAAAUUUAGACGUCCUAUUUUGUAAAUGUUUAGCUUGUAUAAACAUGUAUAUUGCAUUCAUGAUAAAAAAUAAACAUUUUUAGAAAUGUU